GAUAAGCCCGAGCUAGUAGAGGUAAUCGACGUUGCAAGCGAGAUCAUGGUCGAAGAGAUGUUCGAAGUCGAGAUCUUGGCCGUGGCCGACGAGGGCCAUGACGAGACGCGUAGGAGGAACAAUAUGGAUGAAAAGGACGCGACGUUCCAACUUGAGAUCGAAGAAAGAGUGCCCGAUGUUUGGAUGGUUGAUGAUGAAUCCUUGAGGACAAGGAAAGUCUCGAAGAGGAGGGGAAUGAUACGGAAGUGGGUUCCGGACCCCU